AUGGCCUCAACGUCCAGGACGUCCUCUAAAAGUGUUCUACCCCAACCAUAUGAAACGAGAGCUGCGGAGCCGCAGCUGGGAAAGCAAAAGGGCGCUCCUCUUAGGACGUCGAAGACCAGCCAGAAACUGAAGGUCUUGCCCGAGCAGCCCGAGAUCAAGACACAAUCACAGAUAAAUCUUGUUGAUGACAUCGAGGAGGAGGAUGAAGACUCAACACCCACCGACGAUGAGGGCGGCGACGAAGAGGAGCGAGGCGUAGAGGUAUACAAUCAAAUCGCGCAAAUACCUGCCGGUACAGCUAGAAAAGAUGCAGCACGUCUUACGAAGAAAGAGAAAGCGAAACUUCCCCGCGUAACUGCUUACUGCACUGCUACAACAUAUCGAUUAGACGAUCUGAUGAAGUUCUUCCACGCCCGGCAUGCCACAAACCGCACCAAUCCACGCAAGUUUGACGAAGUGAUAUAUACACCUUAUACCUACGCACCGCCCGAGCCUACUACACCAGCUGCUGAGCCCCCGGUUGCCGACUUGCUGGGCAUCGAGGGAACUGGGAAUGGUGGGGACGUGGUCUCAGGAGAUGAAGUAGCAAAGAAGAAGAAGAAGCGAAGCAGGUUUGAUAAAGGAGAGGAAACAGAGACGGGGGAAAUAUUCUGCUUUGAAUAUGGUGCAGUUGUCAUUUGGGGAAUGAGCGAAGUACACGAGAGGCGGUUCUUGUCUUCAUUAAAACGGUUCGAAGAAGAGCGCCUUGCCGCUGAAGACAUCGAGAAAGAAGAGCUAAAUUAUUACUACGCUCAAUAUUCACGCAUCUACAACGACGUCAUCGCACUCCGUCGCGGCUCAAGUUACAUGACAAAAUUGUCUCUCUCGCACGCACUUGCACAAUCCGUGAAGAUAUCAUUGUUCGAGGAGCUUAUCACGUCAACAAUCGAUGAUACCAAAGAUAUUCCUGAAAUAAUUUCUGAAUCUGGGAAGAUUGGGAUGAAGCAUGCCGACAUCAUGCAGCAGAUUGGCCAGUUAUUUAUUCUCCGGAUCAACAUCAACCUUGUCGGAUCUGUCUUGGACUCGCCAGAGCUCUUCUGGACAUAUCCAGACCUCGAGCCGUUAUAUGCAGCAUUCCGACAAUAUCUCGAGAUACCUCAGCGCAUCGAUUUGCUAAAUCAGCGGGUUGAAGUGCUCCAAGAUAUGCUUCAGCUGCUCAAAGAGACCGUCUCAAAUCGACACGCUGAGCGCCUGGAGCAAAUCGUCAUUGUGCUCAUAGGAAUCGAGAUUGUUCUGGGCCUGGCUACUAUUUUCAUCGACCUCUUCGCGUAAUCGGGCGACUGCUUUGGAUUACUGUGACAUUGAUGUUCCACUUUCCAUCCUCUACCUAUCAUACAUCCAAAUUAAUGUCUAUCCAGGUUUACGUGAAUACGGUGGAAUGGAAGCAAUGUAUUCUAUGUAUCAUAAUCCAACUCCAAAACAACGGAGUAUGCAGUGCGGAUAUCUCCUCUGUUUGGGACGCGGUUUUCCAGGUACCGCGACCACCUCGGUGAAGGAUUUUUCUUCGGCAACUGUGAUGCGUGCCUCCACUUCGGCAGCGCCAUUCGUCUCCG